AUGCUGCACCCACGGACACAGAGCGCGAUGUUUUUGAAGAAGUGCAACGGGUUCUCUUGGAUUCCGAAAAGAUUUUGGAGGAGAUACAGUGUUACAAAGGAGCUGGAAAAGAAAUCCGAGAAGCUAUUGCGGACCCUUCCCGUAUUACUCAAGAACGAGCCUGGCGCGCUGUCAAACCACUGGUGGAUAAACUUCUCAGAUGUUACCAACACUCCC